GAGUCUCGGCCAGUGAGAUGGGCCGUCGGGGCCAAUCCCGCCCCGCAGGUGCUCAGCCUGAAGAUGGCGGCAGCCGUGGAGCUGACGUGCCUCGAGAGAUGGCUGGGUUUGCGAGGGGGACGCAAAUACGGUGCGCAGGGCGAGCGGCAGGUUCCUGUCCUUCAAACAAACAAUGGUCUAAGUCUAACAGGAUUGACAACUAUAGCAGCUUACCUGGUCAAGCAAGCCAACAAAGAAUAUUUACUUGGGAACACUGCAGAGGAAAAGGCAAUUGUUCAGCAGUGGCUAGAAUAUAGGGUAACUCGAAUAGAUGGGCCCUGUGGUAAAGAGGAAGUCCGCAUUCUCUUGAAGGAUCUUAAUUCUUACCUUGAGGAUAAAGUCUACCUUACAGGAUAUAACUUUACCUUAGCAGAUGUCUUACUGUACUAUGGGCUGCACCGCUUUAUAGUUGAUCUGACAGUUCAAGAAAAGGAGAAAUAUCUUAAUGUGUCUCGCUGGUUUUGUCACAUUCAGCAUUAUCCAGGCAUCAGGCAACAUCUGUCCGACGUCAUCUUCGUCAAAAACAGACUGUACACCAAUGCCCACUAGAAGUCAUCUGUGCAGUGGAAAUAUCGUACAUGGAAAUUUUAUUCUGCACCAGAGGACUGAUAAAUUGAAAUGCCGCCAUUCUUUAUUUGUUGAACUUGGUAGAACUCUUAAAUGUAAACUUGUGUCUAAGUGUUUAUUCUUUAGUUGAAACUUUUUAUGUAAAACUUCAACUACUGUCAGAACUUGUUGAGAUCAUUUUAACUACCCUGACAAAACUUAUUUUAAUUAAAGUUGUAAACCAGUGGCUUAAUCUUAAAAAAAGAAAAAAUUAUCUUCUCAAAGAUUGGUAUAUUUGGUCAUUUACUGACCUCUCUUUCACGUUGUGAAAUUCAUUUCCCCUUUAUGGAUAUUUACAGUACUUUAUUUACUAAAAAGUGUAAUAAAUGUUGCCAAGGACACAGAAAGGGAAUACAGAUGGAUUUGUUUUUAAAUAUUUAUGUGAGCCAGUAAAUAUGGUUGAAAAACUUU